GCCCUUCCCGGUUUGGGCUCUCAGUCAAUUUGAUCCAGGGUACUUAGAAAGUCUUUUACAAGCCUUGGCAAUUCAUCCUGUUCUUCGACUAUAUUGAACAGGCAAGGGCACGGGCUAUAAACAAGAUUUCCAAAGAGCGCCCAGACCUCACAUUCAACCAGCUGUAUGAUGAGGUUCAGAAUAAUCGUUCAAAUCGAAUUAAACACCAGAAGAACCCAAGAUAUGAAUUCCUGCCUCGUGAUUUUAACGCAUGCUGUUUUGAAGGAAAGCGACAAUGAAGACGGCGGCGAUGCUGAGCUUAAUGACGGUUUUGAUGAAGUGGAAGAGAACGAGGCUGAAGAUGAAGAGGGCAAUGACGACGGUCAUCCUGAGAAUGGCGAUCGGGCUCCCAUCAAUAAUACUGACCAUAACGGUCAUGAAAGUGACCACACAGCUGGUCAUGGUGAUCAAGAAGAAGAUCUUGCAGAACUCAGUGACCUCUUAGACAAUGGACCUAGGCUUCCAAUCCGCACAAGCACAUCAGUUUUGUCCAUCACUAUUUCAGAUGAUGAAGCAGAUGAGGUGGACGCAGACGGUGAACCUGUGGCACCAAUUACGCCGGCAUCUCAAGUUGAGAAUAUCGCAAGAAGACGAGAAGCGAGCCGCGAUCAGUCUUCAUCAUUGGGCCCACUAUCCAGUGAAGACAACUCCGCCAGCAUUGAAGAGCAACUCAUCCAACAAAAACAUUCAAUCCAUCUUGAAUAUGAAAGGUUGAAGACAUUAGUGAAGAAGGCAAAUGAAACCGCGGGAAAUCUUGCUAAAAGGUUAAAAGAAGAGAACGAGGCAGAUGCAGAGAAAUUGAAGCAAGUUUUGCUGAAUGAGAAUGCAUCUGAGGAGGACAUAAAAUCUGCAUUGAACCGUAUAGGUGACAAAGUGAUAAACAAUCACAAAAAACGCAAACUUGAGAAGGAUGAAAAUGACAAGAUGGAAAGAGUCGCGGUGAAGCUCGAAAAUCCUGAAUUUCAGAAAUUUUUCAAAAAUGAUUAUCGGCAACCCGAGCCCGCCUUAGCAAAUAUAAGCCGCCAAAGGCUCUCUUAGAAUUUCUUAAGAAGCAACUUGGAUAGCUAUCGGUAGCUCUUUAUAAUUUUUAGUCUAGCCCUUUUAUUAUUUAUAAACUGCUUUCGUG